AUGGCCGCUUGGCCGGUGUCCGGGCCGCCGCCCGACGAGCAGGACUUCAUCCAGGCCUACGAGGAGGUGCGGGAGAAGUACAAAGGGACCCCAUUGCGCCCUGCCCUCGCCCCGGGGGAGCGGCCCCUCCUUCCUCUCCAGAGGGGCCAGCAUGGCUGCCUCGUUCGCAGGGACCCUCCAGGCUUGCCAGGCUCUCGUCACACCUGGAAGCCCCGCUGCCUGGGGCUGGGCUGGGCCCUGAGCAGUGUGGACGCCGCCCGGUCCUCCCGGGCUCCCAGCGGGCAUGGCCGGGACCCUGGCAGGGCCGAGGAGGGUGCUCCAGGCACGGCCCGGCUGGAGCAGGCAGCUUUCCAAGUGCUGUGGGCAGCAUGGAUGUGGGCCCUGCCCCCCUGCCCGUGUGGGGCUCCGUGGGCCCUGCCCCCCUGCCCGUGUGGGGCUCCGUGGGCCCUGCCUCUGCCCGUGUGGGGCUCCGUGGGCCCUGCCCCCCUGCCCGUGUGGGGCUCCGUGGGCCCUGCGUCUCUGCCCGUGUGGGGCUCCGUGGGCCCUGCCCCCCUGCCCGUGUGGGGCUCCGUGGGCCCUGCGUCUCUGCCCGUGUGGGGCUCCGUGGGCCCUGCGUCUCUGCCCGUGUGGGGCUCCGUGGGCCCUGCCCCCCUGCCCGUGUGGGGCUCCGUGGGCCUUGCGUCUCGGCCCAUGUGGGGCUCCAUGGGCCCUGCCCCCCUGCCCGUGUGGGGCUCCGUGGGCCCUGCCCCCCUGCCCGUGUGCUGGGGCUCCGUGGGCCCUGCCCCCCUGCCCGUGUGGGGCUCCGUGGGCCCUGCGUCUCUGCCCGUGUGGGGCUCCGUGGGCCCUGCCCCCCUGCCCGUGUGGGGCUCCGUGGGCCCUGCCCCCCUGCCCGUGUGGGGCUCCGUGGGCCCUGCGUCUCUGCCCGUGUGGGGCUCCGUGGGCCCUGCGUCUCUGCCCGUGUGGGGCUCCGUGGGCCCUGCGUCUCUGCCCGUGUGGGGCUCCGUGGGCCCUGCGUCUCUGCCCGUGUGGGGCUCCGUGGGCCCUGCGUCUCUGCCCGUGUGGGGCUCCGUGGGCCCUGCCCCCCUGCCCGUGUGGGGCUCCGUGGGCCCUGCGUCUCUGCCCGUGUGGGGCUCCGUGGGCCCUGCCCCCCUGCCCGUGUGGGGCUCCGUGGGCCCUGCGUCUCGGCCCGUGUGGGGCUCCGUGGGCCCUGUGUCUCUGCCCGUGUGGGGCUCCGUGGGCCCUGCGUCUCUGCCCGUGUGGGGCUGGCUCCCCGCAUCUUGUUCUCCGUGCCACUUACCCGGCACUUCUGGGACCCUGGACUCCCAAGCUCGACCGCCACAUCCCUUGGCCCUGCCCAUCCCACACAGCCACGUGCUGGACUCCAGCCCUGGCUCCGAGGCCCCUCAGGGCGGGGUCCGGGCAGCGCCCGUCCAUGCACCCCGGGGUGGAGGCCGCGGCCGGCGGGGAGCCAGGCAGCCCCGGGGUCUCCGCCCUGGGGACCUCGUGCAGGGUGCUCUGCCGCGGGUGGGUUUCUCCGAGCCGUGGCGGGACAUUCUGUACCGAAUCGCCGUGUUUCCUCCUUCCGCCCCGUGA